AUGGCACCAAUUUGCUGCACAAUUUUUCUGGUCAUCGUUGUCCUUGGUACUACUGGCAGCCAGCAGCCGACAGCAGCAGCAGUAGCAGCAGCAUCGACGUCGAGUAGAAAGAUCAAUGAAACCGUAAAAUUUCGUCACCCUCCUCGUCGAUCGGAAAACGAGACCUGCACGGGUAAAUACUGCCACCGGGAGGCAUUCGCCCGGGAACACCUGGUCGCCGGCUACGGCCGGGCACUGCGUCAGAAGGAAAUUCUCAAACACACCUCCGUCAUCUACGGUCUGAUUUCGAUUGCCGAGCGUGACGAGCUGUCCGAGCAGUGCUACGGCGAGUUGCAGCAGAUUUUCGAGGGAAUCCAGCAGAAGGAGAUUUGGGCACUGAAGGUGCUGGACUCAUCCGGAACUCAGGAGCCGGGCUUCAUGUCGGGUCACAACCACUGGAUCGGCUCGGAGAAGGGUUGCGAAUCGGCCCGCACUCCCCUAUCGAUCACUCUGUCCGAUCGGUAUCGGCGCAACAUGAAGCCUAAUUUGGUGACGGCGUUGGCUCCCUUCGACGUCGACUAUCGAAUGGUACACGCCAGGCACCAGUCGGCCUGGCAGCUGGAGAUGAAAUUCCUAAGUGAGAAUAUUCUGCACAUCGGUUUGUGUGUUCCGCGGUCUUGCUCCAACGGGGAGCUGUUCAAUUUGACUGCACGGUACUUCGAUGAACGGGUCAUUAAUUGUCAGGACAUCUACGAGUUCAAGCCGGAUGUUCUGCAGGUCAAAGACCUGCAGUUAACGGAAAACUUCUGGUCGAAACCUAGCGUCCUAGUGAUCGGCAUUUCUUUGGCCGUAACGGCUUUGAUGGUGUUUUUAGCGCAAACUCGCGAGCAAAAAGAGAAUGUGGCAAAUCAGUCCCCAAUGGUUGAGCAAAACAAAUUAACUUACAGCGCGGUCCCUAAUGGAGGAAAUCUCGACUCAUCAGCUGGUGUCCCGAACGACGACGAGCAAAUGAAGGAAACUCCAACCGCAUCGGCAGGUGCUGCCGCUGCUGCUGCAUCAGCGAAAGUGCCCUCGUCCUCGUUCGCAGGCAAGGUCAUCCAGAGCUUUAACGUGCGCCGAAACCUUGCCGCGGUGUUCCGUACCGACAUUGGACCCCGCUCACUGCCGGUCAUCUGCGGAAUCAAGUCUAUUUCCUGUUUUUUGAUUUUGUGCUUCCACAUUCAGUGGUACACGUUCUUCACCAUUCACAAUCCGGCGGUAAUGUUCCAUUACGCCGAACAGAUCCGCUAUCAGCUGGUCAGUAAUGCUCCCUUGCUGGUCGAUGCGUUCUUCGCCAUCAGCGGUUUCCUGGUCACGUACAAUUUCAUCCGGAAUUGCGAUCGAUGCGAUGAGAUCAAGUCCAACGGUCUGUGGCAAAAUGCCAAGCUGUAUGGGAAAAUGGUGAUUCAGCGCUAUCUGAGACUCUCGCCGCUGUACCUAAUGAUCACGGCGAUCGGCGAACUGAUGACGAGUUACCUGGUGGACACCUCGAAAUUCUGGGUUCACGAGCGAAGUGAUCUGCGCUGCCAACGCUACUGGUGGCGCAACGUGCUCUACAUUCAAAACCUAUUCGACAUCGACGAGCUCUGCCUGAACUGGACCUGGUCAUUGGCCUGCGAGAUGCAGUAUUACAUCAUCUCCGUUGCGCUCCUGUUCGUCUACGCCAGAAAUGCCGAGCUGGGCAAGUCGAUCUACGUGCUUUCGGCUGUGGCGACGUUCGUGUUCAACAUGGCCAUCACGCUGAUGUAUCACUUCGUGCCGUCCUACGACGUGCUGUACAACACGGGCAGUGCCCUCUACAUUGCGCCCUGGGCCCGAAUGUCCCCGUACGUGGUGGGCGUCUACUUUGGGUGGCUGCUGGCGGCAACCCGCGGAAAGCUCGUCUUCACCGAGCAACAGUACCGCAAGUACUGGGUCCUGGCUUGUGUUGCGAUGAUAUGCAGUAUGCACUGUACCAUCAAGCGAGAUUUCCCGUUUGCGCUGGCUUCCACCGUGAUGGUGAUUGUGCGCAUCCUGGUGGCUUUGGCCAGUUGUUGGAUAAUAGUGGCCCAGGCAACAGGUUAUUCUAAUGCAGUCAUCCGGUUUCUGUCGUCGAAAUUUUUCAUUCACAUCAACAAGCUAACGUACGGAAUUUAUCUAAUCAAUCCGCUGAUUAUCACCGCCGUGUUCGGAUUCUCCGAUGGUAGCGUGAAUGCGGAUCCCAUUCUGGCGAUUGUGAUGGCCCUCGGUGUCACGUUGCUGUCCUACGUGGCGGCAAUCGGCUUUACCGUGCUGUUCGAGAUUCCCUACUGCACAAUCGCGAACGAAAUUUUGAAACUCAAGAAGAAACCAACUGCAACGGUGACACCGACCAUACCACCGAUGCUAGUAGCCACGGAUGACCCCGUUUGCGUUCCAGCAGAAGAUGCAAAGAAAGUGGCUUAG